GAGUCUGUUUGACCAAUCCGGCGUGUAAAUAUUUGUUCUGGAAGCUGCCUCAUCCGACCCGAGAGUGCUGAGGUAUAAAACCAGCCCAGGAUCCAUCCCAGUCCAGAGCUCAACCUGGCAGCUAGUCAAGGGUUUUCGGUCCAACAUGGCCACAGGAGUCAUCAGGAACCUGCCCAUCCAGGCCUCGGCUCUGGCCUACUUCCCCAUGAUCUACCAGCACUCUCCAUGCAAGGAGGAUGAAGAAGAGAAGCUGCAGGAAGAACCAGAGGAGCGAGAGGAUGAGGAAGAGGAGGAGGAGGAGGAGGAGGAGGAGGAGGAUGAUGAGGAGGAGUGUUUAGCUCACUACGCUCUGGACGUCACCAAGCAGCUGCUGAGGUUCGCAGACCUCAUCAGCCGGGACGUCCAGCGGUAUUUCGGUCGCUGCGGUGACCAGGAAGCCUGCGACAUCUACAGCGACUCCGUCUCCACAACGACCAGCGGGCGUCUGCGUUACUAUGACGACCUGUUGAGGAUCGCAGGAAGUCCAGAGGAGCAGGAGACACACGCUGAGGAUGCUAAAGGUGGCAGUAACAGCUUGGGGCCCCUGGCCGAACUGUUCGACCACAGGGGCCCGAGUCAGAGCCGAGGCCAGCCGAUGAUCAAGCGGCAUCUCCCGCUCAGUUUCUGGACCGAACCGAUGCCCUGCUGUUCCCUGGUCAGCUCCAGUAACACACCUGACGACACACACACUCACUACAGCCACAGCACACACACUCUGGACGGCACUCAGCCGGACUUCAGCGACCUGCUGGCGAACUGGGACCCGAACCCCGACCUGGGCCACACACUGACGGAGAACUCCCACAUGCAGCAGUAAACAAACACACAAAUAAACAGGAAAACAACAAAACGACGUGUCGAGCAGGUUUCUGUUUGCUUUAGAUCGUUCAACAAACACCGUCUCAGCAGGUUUUGAGGUCAACAAGAGGAAAAUCCUCCUGCUCAAAGUUUACUCCUCUAUAGCUGCUUUACUGCGGAUUUUCUCUCAUGUGAUUCUUAUAUUUUUCUCCUAAAAUUUACCAAGAGAUAUCAGUGAAAAAGAAAGACAAUUAGCAACAUGAGUCAAAUUUGAUAUUUAAAGGAGAUAAUUCGGCUAAUAGAUUAAUUUUUUUCGCAAUGUGAGCUGGAUAUGAGCUUUAUUUUAUAUCAAUAUAAUACAAUCAUUACACUGAAUUAGAGAGGUCUUCCUAAUAUUUAUUCAGACCUGCUUCAUAUAAAUAAAUAUGCAUUGAUGCUUAUAUAUGUGUAUGUGUAGAUUUUUGACAGUACUUUUAAAUCAGUUCUGUUGUCAAAAUAGAUUCUUUCAGUUGAAGCUGUUGGCCAAAGUAAAGCUCGAUCUGUCCCACAAUGAUUUUGAGAGAGUCCUGAAUGCCUCCAUCACAUCUAGGCUAAACUACUGCAACUCUGUACAUCAGUCUGGAUCAGGCGUCUCUUUGUAGGCUCCAGCUGGUACAAAAUGCUGCUGCCCGGCUUCUAACAGGGACAAACAAACGGGAGCACAUCACUCCAGUUUUUUCGUCACUCAGCUGGCUUCCUGUCUACUUCAGAAUUGUUUUUAAGAUUUUAUUGCUUGUUUUUAAAGUGUUAAAUGGGUUGGCACCUUCUUAUGUAUCUGAUCUUUUACAUAUUCAUGCUCCAUUUUCAUAGGUCAGCUAAUCAGACGAUCAGAAACACAUACACUUUUCUGUAUCUGGACCCAGUGUGUGGAAUAGCUUACCUGUUCAAAUUAGAGCUGCUCAGUCUCUGGAUACUUUCAAGAGUGCUGGCACCUUGAUAUAUGACAUUGCUAGUCUUACUCUGUAUAUUUCCUCACAGGUUAUGUUUUGUUUUCUAUUUUAAAAUGUCAAGCACUUUGGUUGUUUUUUGAAUGUGCUAUAAUAAACAAAGCUGACUUCA